UUUCUAGCCUUCCCAAGAAGCAAACAAAGAAAUAUUUAGCCACCAUGUUCAAAUACGCCGUUGUUGUUCUCGCUCUCGUUGCCUGUGCUGCUGCCAAGCCAGGACUUUUGGGUACUCCUCUGGCCUACACUGCUCCUUUGGCUUACACUCAUCCCGCAGCUGUUGUGGCUGCUCCUGCUCCAGUUGUGACCGCCACCAGCAGCCAAGUGAUCGCCAGGAACUUCAAUGGAAUCGCCGCUGCUCCAGUGAUUGCUCCCGUGGCUGCUCCCGUGAUUGCCAAGUAUGCAGCUGCACCAGUGGCUGCCCCAGUUAUCGCCAAAUAUGCCGCGGCUCCUCUGGCGGCUCCUCUGACCUAUUCUGCCCCCCUGGCUUAUAGCUCCCCCUUGGCUUACACAGCUCCUCUCGCUUACAAUGGUCUCCCAGCGGCACCUGUGCUGGUUUAAGUACUAUUAAAUAAAUUAAAACAAAAUUGCAGUUCCUUAAAUAUUGACUACGAAAUUAAUUCAAAUAAUAAAAAACGUUUGCAUAAUAA